CCCCACCACCCGGAACGAUCGGGCAUAUAUAGACGUGGAGCGUACCGUGGCCACCAUACCAGUCGAGAGAACGUACUCCGAGAGUAACGAACGCGCGCGCGAUUUUCGGUCCCCAAACGCAGGUGGUGUUGUGUGCAGUGCCAGUGCAGUCCGUAACACUUUGUCGCCGUGAAAUUUAAGCCCGCUAUCGUGAGAGGGGAAAUUUCUGGAAAAUUCUUCCCGCUACCAAAAACAGAGAACAGAAUGCGACGAUUCACGACCGGUUUGUUGCUGGUGGUUGCCUUGACCGUGACCGCCACCGUCGCCUAUCCAGCGAGCUACGAGAAGGAGAAGGAAUCGGACACUUCGGAGGAUGCUGAGUAUAUUGUGGUGCCACUGUCCCACCAUCGUCCGACAUACUACAACCGAUACCCAUCGUCGUUCGAAGGGUUCGAUGGAGUUGUGGACACCGGCGACUUUGCUCCAAUUCCGGCGAGACCCGUGUACUUCCCAUCGUACAACCCGUUCUCGUGGCAUCUUUCGGGUUAUCUGGAUGAUCUCCUAAAGCGAGUCCGCGAUCGUUUCUCUGGAUCGUGGAAUCCUUUCUACGGAGGUGAAUUCGCCCCAUCCGGACCAGGAGUAUGGCCUGUAGAAAUUCCGGACGACUCAUCGGAGGAUGGUGUUACCAACUCUACCUCUACAGUGAAGGUCAUCGAUGGACACAAGGUUGUGAUUAAUGAUACGUACUACACCAAGAAGACGGAGUUCGGUACCUCGAUCUUCAAGGUGCGUGUCAUUGACGUGAAGCCCACGGACGGCGAUAGCGACGAGGUUAGCACAUCCCCCAAAGCUCCAACCGACGUCGAGGUUGGCAAUCGUAAUGGAGAUGAUGAUGAUGCGGCUAAGGCACCGGCCGCACCGUCGACCGAUGCACCCAAGCGAGACACUGAGCUCGAAUCGAGCGACGAAGAGAAGACCACGGCUGACGAUGACAAUCUGAACACGAUCGAUGAUAUGGAAAUUGAUGAGGUGAAGGCAAACAACGGAAAGGAAGCAACGGAAGACAAGCCGGAGUCCUCCGAACAGUGGUCGCUGCUGGAAUCGUUCGAAGGCGCAUCGCAUCCAUCGGAAGAUUUGGUGGAAGACUCUCCCGAAAUCACCAUCCAACGUAACCGGGGCAACAGUGAACUGCUCGAAUCGAGCUCCGAAGAAGAGGUUGAGUCGAACGUCAACGUCCCACGACAACCCGUGUCAAACGAAUGGCCCAAACAGGACGAUCGUCAGCGGAUUAUCGUUUCGAACAGAUUCGACAACCGGUUCAACGCUAACCAGGAAACACCUGUCGGUGAUGCACCAACCGUACACGAUCUCACGAACGAUAUUGCCAUCAACUUCCGGAUGGCCACCGAUAAGAGUGUCACAGCAAACCCAAAUGCAAUCACGUUCAACCCAAUGAAUCCACCGUCGGUUAUCGUUCAGCGAGAUCCUUUCCCUGGAGCAGCGCCGGGAAGAUACCCGCCAAUCCCCGGUCGUCCAGCGAUGGGUUUCCCAUCUCCGCAACCCGGUGUAGGCUUCCCAGCCGGAGGAUCGUUCCCCGGUUUCCCGGGCCAGGGAAACCCGUUCCCCGGCGGUCAGUUUCCGUUGCAACCGUUCCCGAUGCAACAACCGCCACUGUUCGGUGUUCCGACCGGUACAAACUUUGGCCUAGCCGGUCAGAAUCCUUUCUUCUUCGGUAAUGCCCAGUUCCGGCGUCCAUAAACGAAAGUGAAGAGAGAGAAAAAGAGAAAACUUUCCAAGAAAUUGUGAACAUCUGACGGGUGGAGAAACUUCUGCUAGCGGUAAGAGCGGUGUUGCUCAUUUAUUUAUUGAUCUAAAUUAUUUUACUCAAGCGUAAAGGUUAGUGUGGCAUUUCCUGUGCUGCCCACAGCUAGCGUACUAGGCUAGACUUUAUUGUUGUAAGGGUCGAGAUAUAGGCAGGAGGAGGAUCUGGAUCGAGAGAGGAUUUUUUUUCUUCACUAAUACCAAAGAAGUUGGUCCUCGUGCUUCACCAGCGUGAAAUAUCUAAUGUGUGUGUGUGUGAACUUUGGAAAGAAUCAAACUUCCAGCAACCCCUCAGCAGGACGACCUCCAUGACAUGUAGUGUAAUGGACACACACACACACACACUGGAAGGGCUGUUCGAAAAUGGGAGAUUUUAUUCUUCAUUGGAAAAUAAUUUAUUUACAACAGUUUCGGACAUUCUUCUUCCGUGCCGUGUGGCUUAAAACUUUUCCAUCAACCCAAAGUGGACUUCACCGGGCUCGAAAGCCCGAAUGGAAGUUUUGUAUAAAUCCUUCCGUUUUCCUAUCGUAAGUAUCGAAGUGCCGGGGUUUCCGUUCGGGGGGGCAUCGGAUAGUUUGUUGGCAGCCAUGACGCUUUUGCCCCUUUCGCAUUAGUGGAAGGAUUAGUGAAGAAUCGGCAAACUGCAAUGCGUUGCGGAAGGACUCUAUUAGGGGUUGGUUGGGCUGAAGUUUUCGCGUGAAACAGCCCUUGGUCGCUCACUUGUUCGAAUAAGAAAAUUUAACACAUAUUAGUAUAUCAAGCUAUAAUGCUGGAAGCGAGAAAAUUUUAGAACAAACAGCAUCGGAGCAAAGAUUUAAGGAGGUAUAUUAAUUUAGCAAAUGGCAUGCAGCCGUACAGGAAGCAAACCGGCGAGACGGCGUCCUCUUGUGAAAGGUAUUUUUCCCGGGCUGCACCAGGUAGACUAAUUAAUUUGUGCAUUGUCUGACAAAUGGAGCAAGACUUUUGGAGCGAGCAGGAAUGGAAUGGGCCAGAAUUCGUUGCACCGUGAGUGGCUGAGAAAACCACUCUAUCCGGAACACAAAAGCGCAGUGUGAAGAUUUUCCUUUCAGAUUAUGCUGCAGCCGGGCAUUAAGUAAAUGGAUGUAAAGAAGCGUACAGAGAGCAAACAAUUCAAUAAAUCUAGUCUUCCUUGGCAGCUCCUAGCAACGCGCGUAGGAUCUUCGGACGGUGCGAGUCCAAAGUAGGAAAAAACAAACCCAGCAGAAGGAUUUUAAUUUAAGAAAUCCUUUUUCACGUGUGCCGCCUCAAGCUGGUUGUGAGGGAACCGAAAUAAAAUUGGCAAAGAAAAUAAGAUUUUAAUUAA